CCUUUUGUAUCCUUGUUGGCCUACGAGCCGUAUUCUCUUUCUUUUUGCAUAGUCAAUCUCUUCUUUGCACUUCGGAGGCAGGUCCUUCUUUUAUCAGUCUUUCCGUCUCUGUCAGCUUUGCAGUGCGAAGUCUUUGGUUUAUAAAUCACUCUCUUAUCACACUCACCACCAUCCGAUCCUUACAGUCAAGAUGCUCCGUCUUCAGUUAUUGUUCUUGUCGGUCCUUUUUCUCGCCACAGCUUUGGCUGGACCCAUCAGGCAAAAGCAGAAACGCUCCUUCAAGAUCCCGAGAUUACGACAGGCGAACUACGUGCCCAAUGGCAAAGUCGCUUACCGAAAAGCCUUGUUCAAGUUUGGCUUCGACGACAUCACAUUCCAGCCCAACACUGCGGUAGCUUCCAAACUCCAAGCUUCAACCAAUACUUCAAUCGCUGCUACCGGGGACGACGAGGACGGCGUGACCGUCGCAAACCCUUCUCAAGGCGACUCGGAGUUUCUGUCUCCCGUGACUGUUGGCGGCCAGACCCUGGUCAUGGACUUCGACACAGGUUCAUCAGACAUGUGGGUCUUCAAUACCAACCUCGCCGCAGCAGAUCAGAAAGGGCACACCAUCUACGACCCCACCAAGUCGAACGCUUCCUCAGCACUUACUGGCAGCACGUUCAACAUCAGCUACGGUGACGGUUCAUUUGCCUCAGGCCCGGUCGGCCUUGACACGGUCGACAUUGGAGGCGCAACAGUGGAUGCUCAGGCUAUUGGUCUUCCUACCGAUGUCUCCAGCAGCUUCGUCACCAAUACUUUUUCCAACGGUCUUGUUGGCUUGGCCUUUAGCAAGCUCAAUACCAUCAAGCCGACUCCGCAAAAGACCUUCUUUGACAACGUCAUGGCAGACUUGACGCAGCCAUUGUUCACGGCAGACCUCAAGUCCGACUCUGCUGGCUCCUACGAGUUUGGGCAGGUGGACACCAGCCUGUUCACUGGCUCAUUACAGACUGCGGCUGUUGACUCGAGCAAUGGCUUUUGGCAAGUCGACUCAACUUCGGCCGUUGUGUCAGGCCAAACCGUCAAUCUUGCCGGUGGUUCAGCUAUCAUUGACACUGGCACGUCUCUCAUGCUAGUGUCGGACGAGUUGGUGGUGGCAUAUUGGGACACCGUGCAAGGUGCACAGGUGAAUGCUGAAGCUGGAGGGGUGAUCUUUCCUUGCAACGCCGACUUGCCAGACGUUCAAGUUGCGAUUGGAGACCACCUCGCCACAGUCAGUGGUGCCAACAUGAAUUUUGCCAGCGUGGGUUCAGACUCGCAGACUGGCCAACAAUUCUGUUUUGGCGGCCUCCAAUCCAACCAGGGUCUGGAGUUCUCCAUUUAUGGCGAUGUGUUCCUCCGAUCACAAUUUGUCGUCUUUGACGGCUCGGGACCUUCAAUCAGUGUUGCGCCACAUUCAUGAUACGAAACGAGAUAUAGCAUAGCAUAGGAUGGAGAGUCAUGUCAGAACGAAUAAACGUGCAUAGCGAUGGAGUCUGCCUUGGUCCAUAA